AAUCAAAGAUUAGACAACAAUAAAGGUUUGUUUUCUGAAGUAGAAAGAUUUCUAAUUCAAGUAAUUUGAUUUUCUCAUUAAUUUCUCAUUAUUCUGUAAAAUUAUUCCCAUAUGCUAGAACAAGGCACAUGUCUGUUCCGGCUUCCUUGGGUGGAGCAGAUGAGCAAAAAGAGUGAGAAUAUCUAAGUUAUUCUUGUCAUGUGUCUCUUAGACAGGAAAUAUCUAUUAGACAUCUACUAGGUAUCAGAUACUGUGCUAUAUCCUGGUGAUACAGACCCAGCCUUCAAGAAGCUUAUAUUCUACUUGGGAAAUGCAACAUAUUUAUAGAGAAGUAAAUAUCCUAUGUAGAAAAAGUUCAUACAAAGUGAAUUUUGGAGGUAAAGAGGCACUAGCAAAGGACUCUGGGAAGAGGUGGCACUUAUGGCAGGACCUGAAGAAAGGUGUUAAAAAAGAUGGAAGUAAAGAUUAGGGAGAGCAUUCCAGAGAAUGCAGGACAGCCAUGCAAAGGCAGCUAGUAGUACUGAGGAUGGGCCUGAGAGUAGACACUUACUAUGUUGAAAAAAGUAGUGCCCAUUUAAUUGACACAAGAUAAGGACUUUGAAAGAUUUUCUCAGUCUUUGCUCAUGGGCCCCACUGAGGGAAGCUGGAACAGAUAUGCCUGCCUUUUCCUAGCAUACUGGAAUAAUUUUACAGAAUAAAAUUUUAUUAAGCUUAAUGAGAAAAGAAAAAAGAAAAAAGAAAGAAAAGGAAAAACUUCUGAAUGAAUAAUUAUUUUCCCCAAAGAUGAAUUUAAAUUCUCAGAAUUUUAUCUCAGUAGUUAAAAACCCAGGGCAGGUUUUAUUGUGUUCCCUUAGAAAAAGCUGCUUGAGAACAGGAACUGUUUUCAUUUUUGCCGUUGUAUGUCCAGUAUCUAACAAAGUGCUUUUAUACUUAGUAUGGUAUUGUUUGUUGAAUUUUUAACUCUGGAAACUUUUGGCCUGUAGACCUCUCAAGGGGAUAGGAGAUUUAGAGACUGAACCAGAAGAGGUAGAUUCAGGAACAUUCCUACCUUAAAGGAUUGCUCUGGGGAAUAUGUUAAUUCUCUUAGUAGGAGGAACCUGAUAAAAGGUUGGUGAUUUUGAUUUGUGUUCAUCUGUAUUAUUGGCACCAUCAUUCCAAUAGAAGAAAUAACAAGGGAACAAGCAUGGAAUCAAGGGAAAGAAAUGGCAGAGUCAGCUAUUACCCAGAUUUUGCCGAAAACUGAUAAAACAGUUGUAAGAAAUCCAUCUAGCAGUGAGACUGAGAGAACCUGGAGACACUUUGACCUUCUCUCUUGUUUUUGGUGAUUUCAGCUCAUGACCUUUCUUCCAAGAGCUUUCCUCUGGGCAUUCUUCAGCCCAGAAGAGUUGAGGGAAGGAUAAAUAAAGAGGGGAAAAAUUCAUCAGAACUGGAGGGAGUGGUGGGGAUAUCUGUUUAUGAAAUUGUAAUAGCCUGUUUAUUGCUUGCUUGACUCAUUGGGUAUAGCAGUGAAAGAAACUGAGAGAUAGGAUUAUUCCAAGGAAUAGGGGCUGAGCCAAGAUUAUUGAAUUAGUUAUUACUUUAAAUAUUUUACUGAUUUCUUACAUGAACUUGAGAAGUUGUCAUGCAUGAAACUGAAAUGACUUUCAAGGGCCGAAAGGGAAAGACAACUUCCUAGCUUCCAGAGUGAAACAACUCAGACUAUGAGCAUCUGCAAAUAGAUUUAACAGCUUGAGAUGUUAAGGGCCCCACCUGGUGGCUGACUAAUUUAUUGUAGGCUGAGUUAUUCCAAACCUCUUGAAUUCCAUUUUAACCUAUAUAUUAUAGUUAUCUCUCAGUGUUUUAAGAAGUACACCACAGAGUCAAAAAUGUCAUAAACUGAAUUAGAUUAAAUGAGGUGAAGUGACCAAAAGCAUUUUCCUCAAUGGUCUUCAUGGAGUGGGGGGCUUAAACUUGGUUUCCAUUGGCUCAAUUCUAGAAUCAAACCUGACCUUUUCCAGGGUUGGGACCAUCCAGGAACAUACCUGGGAGUGGAACUCAAGUGGUAUAUGAGAUCUUGAGGUGGCUUUCUAGAGGAUGACCAUAGAAGACCUUCCAGAUCUUCCCUCAGAAGGAAAUUCUUUGAUUGGAAGAUACCCAUUUUUAUUUUCAGGUUCUGAUACACCGGUUAUCUUUUCAGUUUCUGCAGCACCAAUGCCUUCAGACUGUGAGUUUUCUUUUUUUGAUCCUAAUGAUGCAUCGUGCCAAGAAAUCCUUUUUGAUCCUAAAACAUCAGUAUCUGAAUUAUUUGCCAUUUUAAGACAAUGGGUUCCCCAAGUCCAACAGAACAUUGAUAUUAUUGGGAAUGAGAUUAUCAAGAGAGGAUGUAAUGUUAAUGAUAGAGAUGGACUGACUGAUAUGACUCUUCUCCAUUAUACCUGCAAAUCUGGAGCUCAUGGUAUUGGUGAUGUUGAGACAGCUGUAAAAUUUGCCUCUCAUCUCAUUGAACUGGGGGCGGAUGUCAGUUUGAGAAGUCGCUGGACAAACAUGAAUGCUUUGCAUUAUGCUGCUUACUUUGAUGUCCCAGAACUUAUAAAUUUAAUUUUGAAGGCUUCAAAACCAAAAGAUGUGGAUGCUACAUGCAGUGACUUUGCUUUUGGAACAGCUCUGCAUAUUGCAGCAUUUAACUUGUGCACGGGGGCUGUGAAGUGUUUACUGGAACAUGGAGCAAAUCCUGCAUUUAGGAAUGACAAAGGACAAAUCCCUGCGGAUGUUGUUCCGGACCCAGUUGAUAUGCCAUUAGAGAUGGCAGAUGCAGCAGCCAGUGCUAAACAAAUCAAACAAAUGCUAUUGGAUGCUGUCCCUUUAUUAUGUGAUGUCUCAAAGACCAUGCUCCCAAAUUAUGAUCCUACAAGUGGCAAAAGUAUGCUUACAUCAUUAGGCCUAAAGUUGGGAGACCGUGUGAUCAUUGCAGGACAGAAGGUUGGAAUAUUAAGAUUUUGUGGCACAACUGAAUUUGCCAGUGGACAGUGGGCUGGCAUUGAGUUGAGUGAACCAGAAGGAAAGAAUAAUGGAAGUGUUGGGAAAGUUCAGUACUUUAAAUGUCCUCCUAAAUAUGGCAUUUUUGCACCUCUUUCAAAGAUAAGCAAAGCUACAGAUCGAAAGAAAACUAUAGGACGAACACCUUCUGCACGCACUACAGUACCCGUCAGGUCCCAGAAAAUUGAUGUUACUCAUGUAACUUCAAAAGUAAACACUGGAUUAACAACAUGCAAAAAAGAAAGUGGUUCUGAGUCAACAACUUUAUUGUCUCCUGGUGAAGCACUGAAAACUGUAUCUGGGAAGGAAGCUGUUCCACCUGUUUCUAUCAGUUCCUCCUCUUCUAUCUCCUCCUUGGACAACAAACAGAUGCACCCCAAGAAAUGGAAUCCAAACAACAAUAAUAAGGAGGCGUCGAUGAAAAGUUCUUCCAUUUCAUCGAGAGCCAGUGCUGCAGGGUCGACCACUUCAGCUACAUCUCUGGGAAAUAAACGGGAAGAAGAGGUUCGUGUUGGUGACCGAGUGUUGGUGGUAGGCCAGAGGAUUGGCACUGUCAGGUUCUUUGGAACAACAAACUUUGCUCCAGGAAUUUGGUGUGGUAUUGAGCUUGAAAAACCAUUUGGCAAGAAUGAUGGUUCAGUUGGAGGUGUGCAGUACUUUACUUGUCAACCAAGAUAUGGGAUAUUUGCUCCCCCAACCAGGGUGCAGAGACUAAAAGAUACUCUUUUGGAGAAUGCAUCAAGUAAACGAAAUCAUCCUUUUCCAGGUUUUAGACGAAGUUUCAGUACAACUUCUGCAUCUUCUCAAAAAGAGAUAAACAGAAGAAAUGCUUUUGAAAAGCCAAAAAAUGCUUUACUUCGUCGAAGCUGGAGCAGUACUCCAUCUACCGGGGGUAUGGAAGGAGCUGUGAAGCUGCACGAGGGCUCUCAGGUUCUCCUGACAAGUUCUAAUGAAAUGGCCAUUAUUAGGUAUGUGGGCCCCACUGACUUUGCCCCAGGAACCUGGCUUGGACUUGAACUCAAAAGUGCCAGGGGAAAGAAUGAUGGCUCAGUGGGGGACAAACGUUAUUUCACCUGUAAGCCAAAUCAUGGAGUGCUGGUUCGGCCAAGCCGAGUAACCUAUCGGGGGAUUAAUGGGUCAAAGCUUGUGGAUGAUGACUGCUGAACUUGAUCUCUUGAAUGAGGUCAACUGUAUUACAUGUGCAGAGACUGUGUUACCCUAGAGGCUCUGAUACAUGUGAGUGCAUGGGAAAUGGUGACUUACUUAACUGUUACUCACAUUUUGAUAACACAACAAUCUUCAUAGUAUCAUUAAGACAAUUUAUAGAUUGACUUUUAAACAAAAGGAGUAUGAAAUUUUUAAGAAUCAUGAAUCUCUUAACAUCAUUUAAAGAGAACUUAUUUUUUAAAGCUUUUAGACCCAAGUGUGGUCCUGGGAUGCCAGAAAAUUAUGCCAUUAGGAGACCAAUUGAUGUAUUCUGUCGCUUGUUCUGUCUUUUAACAUAUACAGUUGGAUUAUUGUUAAAAGUAUUGGAUAGCAUAUUACUUUGGCAUUUCAUUUAGCUGUCCAUAGUGCUUUGGGAAUAAUUAUCCCUUUCUGCGCUUUCAUCAGUAAGGGCUACAUACGUGAAAACAUCUGUUUCCUUUCUGAUCAUCCAGAGAGAUCCCUGCUCUGAAGAUUUGCAGUCUUUAGAAUUUUAGGACUGGAAAUGAUUUGUCUAAGCCAUUCCUCUUAGUUUAUGGAUAAGGAAACUGAGGUACAGAGACAUGAAGUAAUUUCUCCAUGGGCUCAUAGCUGAUAGCAAAGUAGGGAGUGCAGAGCAGGCCUCCUGAUCCCCAGUCUUGUGCCAUCUACACUACAUAUACUUUAGGGAUCGUUGGCAUUCUUUUGAAUCACUUACAGGAAUCGCUGACAAAGCACCAUGUAGCGAAUCAGGUCCUGUUUUAAAUACCACCUUAUUGUUGCAUAAAAGACCAUAUUUGGAAGAAGCACUUUUAAAAUUUGAUGCACUUUUCAUCUUUGUGGAAAGCUUGUGGAAAGUCCUCGCUGCAUCUUGAAUUCCUUUGCCAGUUUUCCCUACUGGCUGUGGAAGAAAAAAAAAACAACCCAUUUUAAAAAAUUUACUUAAAAGCAAGAAGCAGAUUGACAUAUCCUAGACUUAUGUGGCUUACCACAUAAUUUUCUUCACCCAAGAAUAGAAGUGAAUAUUGCACAGUGAGUCAAGGUAUAUGUGGUACACGUUCAUCUAAGUGUUUCUUCAUUUCUUUGUAGUUCUCUUUGUAGUGUUACUCCUAAGGCAGCCAUGACAUUUGCCUUAGUUGGUUUUGGAUUUUCCCAACUAUGGCAAAGCACAAGUAUUUGAGCUUUGGCUAAAUGCUACACAAAUUUGGCGGAAGAGCCCAUUUUCAGUCUGUGGCUUGUGCCCAUCUUCGAGUUUAAACUUUGUAAUAGAAUUAAUGUCACAAGGAAUUUGUGUUAUGUCUGUGUCUGGGUGUUUGUGUCCCAUAAAUGUAAAAGAUUUAUAUUUUAUUGUAUAUAUUUAGAUUUGAAGAGACUACAGAAAUAGUAAAAUGGUUCACUUUAUAAGAUUUAAAAUUAUCCUUAACAAUGGAAUUGCCUUUGCACUUAGAAAUAACAUGUUCAGAUAUUUUGCAAUAUACUAUUUUUAAACUGAAUCCUGCUGCUCUGCUGCUCUUUUGAAAAAAGCUGGUAUUCAAAUACUGCUAGACCUAUUUUCCUGAAAUACGUUUGCAAAACAAGGCUGUAAUAUACUGCCUUUUAAUCAAGGAAUAUUUUUAUUGACUAAAGAAAAUGAAUGUACUGUGAUUUUGAAUGUAAACUUAUUUUAUUAUACUCUUUCCUAAAAACUGUUUAUUUAUACUUUGAGAUGUAUGUGGAUUCACUGAACUUUUACAAAGUCUGAAAUGUUUCCUGUUGUACAUCAGAGCCCUAUAAAUUAAAAUCUCUUAUAUUGAUGUUGACAAUGAUUUGCUUUUAAGGAAACUAUAAACCACUAUUUUUUUUUCUCUCUUGCAACCUUUAUUUUCUUUCAUGCAUAUAAUAUGUGAAUAGAGAACAUCUAUUAAAUCAAUACAAACUUAUACAUUCUUGCAUAAAUACACGAAAAUAAUUUUUUCCACCUUUAGCUUAUUAAAUGUCAGUCUACUCGUGCUCAAUUGUAGCUUCUUGAACAUAAAUAAAAUGGAAACCAUUAUGUUUUGGAAUAAUGUCUAA